AUAUUAAAGUUUAGACAAGAGAACAUUAAUUAUCCCUAGUUUCAUAGUUUGGGGUUUUGGCAUCUUCUAUGCUGUCAAUGUGUAACGUUGGCAGAGAGAAAUUACUACCUGUUAGACAAACUCAGGGCAACAAAACCUUCCUUACUAGCUAGUGUGUAUGUUUACGGAGCUAAAGUUGACAGGCAGUUGUUGUCAGGCCUACUACCUGUAGUUUGCCGCACCAGUGACCACUAAAGACGACAGUGGGGAACAAAUAGAAUUGUGGGCUGGUAAAUGCAUUGAGGCUACAAUGGAGACGACAGGCAGUGCCACUGAAGGCGACCCUCUGAAGAGCGGAGAGGACGGAGCAGAGACAGGAACAGCACCAUCAGCAGCAGAGCUGAAGAAGAAGAGUUAUAAGGAAGUCAUCGGGCUGACCAAACUCACCCAUUGGAGAACCGGAUUCUUCUUCUUCUCCUUGUUCCUCUGCCUCACCAUAGUGUUCGCCUUCUCCUUCAUCCUCCCCUGUCCUGUCAGACCACAGUACCUUGUUGCUUGGAACAGGACCUUCACUGAAGCAGAAACAUAUGACUUCUUAGCCAUAGAAGAUGCAAACAAAGACAAGGUGAUGGAUGUCUUGUUUGUCCUGAAAGACACAGAACCCAGUCCGAACAAAACGUGUGCUAAAGAAGGUCUGCCCUCUCCAUGUGUGUUUGUGAUGGCAGUGGACGGGACGCAUGGAGAGACACUGUGGGAACAGCCGCUGGCUCCAGAGUUUCACUGGGCCCAGUGCGGUCUGGACGAUGAAACCGGCAGAACCUGGGACUGUCUGCUGUCCCACUCCGACCAACUCACAGCUGUUGACAAAUUCACUGGGGAGGUCAGGUGGCAGCAGCCUCAGCUUCCUGGUCUGCGCAGCACCGUGCCCGUUCUGAGCGUCCCGGAUCUGGACGGGGACAAGGUCAGCGAUGUGGCUCUGGUAGCAUCUGACGACACUCAGACUCAGCUGGUGUUCCUCUCAGGGAAGACGGGAGAACAGGUUGGUUCCUCUGUGGUUCUUGACUCUACAAAGAUAGCCAAUCAUCUGCUCCACCGCACGGCAGCAGGGUCUUACUAUGUACUACUGCAAAAAGACACUGGCUUGUAUGGCCUGGCCCUGUGGAGGAUUGCAGCUCAAGCUAAAGCCGGGAUGGAGAAUGGCCUCAAGAAGGACAAAGAUUGGGAGAAGACUGCCAAGGCAACGUCUGGCCUCGUGCCCAUGUUUGAAUCUGAUUCACUGCGACAGGUGCUGAGAACGGGAGAGACAGGAGACCCACCCAACCUGCUGCUGGUGACUGGGAACGAGGUGGCUCUAGUGGACGGAAAACAUCCAAAGACACUGUGGAGAUUCAACACCAGCUCAGUCCUCGGCGAGCCCUCCUUCGGCCACUUUAACAAAGACGGGGUCCUGGAUGUUGUGGUCGAGGAGGACAUUGGAAACUACACAAAGAGGGUGGUGAUUCUGGAUGGGAAGUCGGGCGGUGUGCUGUGGGAGGUCGACCUGCUGGCCAGUCCCAACUCACCGAGGCCCGGCGCUAUACACACAACCAACUCCUUCUCCAUCUUUGUGUUUUGGGGCAUGAUGCGCUCAGAGGCCAACUCAUCUGAACCGUUAGAAAGUGACCGACGAUCUUACCUGCUCCACCCGCUCUACUCCAAAGUCCUCCUGCAGUCCACCAGCUUCCUGGAGCACAUCAUAACGUUUAAAGCCACUCUGUUGGAGGGUGGACGCCACGCCGCCUACAUCCUGCUGACGGGCCCCGAGGAGUCCGAAGGCACCGUGGUCCUCAGCAAGCGGAAGCUGAAACACGACGUCCCCGGCAGCAAAGUCCUCCGCAUCGCCACCGGAGGAAGCUCCGAGAGCAACGAGGACAUCAAAGAGGCCUUCAGUCGUCUCCGCUUCAGCGAUUGGUGAAAGGACCAACUUUAAAAUGUCGAGUUUUUCCUCAGUGUUAAAAAUAGUUUUGGCACAGCUGACUUUAGGGUGGCUUAAAAAAAACAAAGUGUGAACACUAGCUUUGACUUUCCCACUGCUGACAACCAAACAAGUCCUUUGUGUUCAGAGGCUUUAUCUGCGAGGGCUGUUCCAUUAAUUUGGGCAUUAUAUUUUAAGAAUUGACCGCAUAUCAUAAGUUUGAUUUUAGAUAAAUAGCUGCUGACCUUUGACAAUCACUGCUCUUUUCCUGCUGAGAAAUCAAUCAGGCGGUACUCUCUCUAGCACUUUCAUGCAUCGAUGCAGAGCUCUUUUUAAAUUUCAGUGGCUGGAUUCUUAUUUUUCAAUCUAUGCAACCAUGCAUAUCACAUUGGGCUUUAUAAGUAGAAGGUGCAAAUACAGGUGGUUGUUUCUGAGUAUUUCAAAAUAAGUGUUUGCUUUUCUUUGUGCCUUUUCUAAAAUGUGUAGAGAGAAACUUGAAAUAUGACAGAAACCUUAAGUGAUUCACUAUUGGGCUGUUUGGUAGUCACUGUUGUCCAUAAACAAGAUUUGUGGACAUUUCCUACUUAAUCCAAGAUGCUGUAACAGAUAAUGCUCUUUAACGCACAUGCACUAAACCUGUGAGACACUCAAGGCUGAGUCUCAGAUGUUCUCUGAAAUAAUGAGUUACUGCUGUGGGUUUUUUGUUUCUUUUGGGCUGUUUAAGUGUGCCUCUCUCAAAGAUUUAUAUUAGUAAAAAUAUUUGUUUGCUGUACAAAGAUAUGUUGAUACUUUGGGCCUUUUUCGGCUUUUCUUUCUGUCUUGAUAUGUUUAAAUUUGAGCAGUAAUAUUAAACACUUUUAAAUUAA